AUGGACUUACCAAAGAAACCAUCUUUAAUACUACAGCUGAAGUCCACUCUCCAAUCACAAAAACAUCAGUCUCUCCUUCUCAGAGACCUUGAAAAGGAAGUUGGGUUUGUUCAAAAAUGGAACUGUAUGUCUGCCAUUGAAAAGUACCCUGCAAUUUUUCAUGUUGGUGGUGGUAAUAACAGUAGGACACCUCUUAUUGUUACUCUCAUGAGAAAGCUGGAAAGAUUGCUGGAGCUAGGAGUUGAUGGAGCCCAUUUUAUUCCGGGCUUCCAGCUUUUACUCCGGUUACACAGCCUGGUCAGCACAGGAUACAUGGCUAAGGAAACAGAGGUAAAGAAGAUUGAACUCAAGGUAUCUGUCAGCUGCUGUGAUGGCUGCAAGAGGAAAGUUAAAAAGGUUUUGCAAAGUGUUGAAGGUGUUCUAAAGACUGAAAUCGAUCCACUGUAUCCCAAGGUGACAGUCCUAGGAAAUGUGAAUCCACAAAUUUUGAUCAAAAGACUCUUGAAAACUGGAAAACAAGCAGAACUGUGGAGUAGUGGAAAUCAGAAUGCGGGAAAAGAAAAGGAAGAAGCAGAUAUUAUAGUUACAAAAGAGAAAGAUAAGUCAAAAUUUGAGCGUGAACCAACAAAAUCUUCAGAUUCAUGCGGCAAGACAACUGACAAGAACAGAGAGAUCAAAAACGGUGGGGAUGGAGGUGAGAAUAAUGCUUCAAAGAAGCAGUGUAAUGAGACAGAUGUCAAUGUUAAGGCUUGUAAUCCUGAAGUGGUAAAAAGGGAAAAUCCUGCUUCCCCAUCUCCAGAAGCCAGCAAUUUCAGGACUUAUAAUCAAUGUUGUUACAAGGUUGAGCCCUACGCAAUUGCACUGCCCUGUUAUGCCAUUCCUUCCUACACUGUUCCUCCUGUCAACCCCGCAGGUUAUGGCCAGGAAUACCUCAUUUACGAGAGGCCAUUAAUUCAACCACCAUUCCAGACGCCGACAGUACGAGUUGGGGAUUACUUCAGUGAUGAAAAUACUUUGGGAUGCAAUGUGAUGUGA